GUGUAUUGAAUUUUUUUUACCGCCCCAAAAACCUAAGCCGCUGACCUUAAUGACCCAAGGCAUUUUCGCGGUCGUUUUUAGUGAAGUAUCACAGAGGACAUUCUAUCAGUUGGACACGUACCGCGUAGUACACACACAAGACCUGAACAGCGUCGCGAAUGAAUAGUUUGAUACGAAUACUAGUUUAGGACAAGAGAAGUUUAACUUUUGCGAAAUAUUUAAACGACCAACGAUGUCUUCCACUGGUGGAAGUAGUAUGAAUUAUUUAGAAGCGAGUUCACCAUACAAUGGUUGUACAGGUAGCCUUCGUAGUUGCAACUCGACCUCGUCACUGUAUCCGCCGUCUUUUAGUGGUUCCGAACAAGUUCACAUCAACGAUGCCUAUGAUUAUGGAGAGAGCAGCGGUGUAAGUUCCUGUUCAAGUCACGAUUACGAAGAUUUACAAAGUGUCAGAAUAGAGGCUAAAAGCAUUUCUGGUCCGAGAAAAAAGACAAACGAGCUUUACGAAUCAACAGGAAACUCGAACCCCAGAAAGAAGAUAAAUGAUGUCUAUGAGCCUAGUAGGCCGCGGCGCGAGAGACAAAUCACUGAAUGUUCAGACAUUUCAACUGCCUCGUCUACUCUGAGUGACGCUCUCCCAUCCAAACAUGAUACCUGCCUCAGCAAACUGAUCCUUUUUCUUAUUCUUGCGAUUUCUGUGUCUUCAUUGAUUUUAGUUGGUCUUCUUAUGACUGGCAAAGUUUGUCCUAAUUGUGGAUGCUCACAAGGUAUGUCCUGCUUGGAGGAGUCUUAUUAAGUUAUUGAUAGACAGUGUAUUUUCACACAUAUUAUUUUCGAAAGUACUAUUCUGUAGUCCAAAAGAAAUCCUAAAAAAGAAUCGCACGUUUGCGUGUAAUCAUGCCUCGUUAUGCUCUGUGAUCUUAAAGCAAUCUGCGGUUCCAAUUUCAUUGAAGUGCAUACUAACACGUACAAAGUUGUUCUGCGUAGUGUCAAGACUCGGGUGUUAUGAUUUAUAUCCAAGCUUGGUUGAAGUCUGAAAUGAAUGGCUCGGUAGUUCGCGUGGAUUUACUCAUCCAUUCAUGAACUUAUUCAUUGAUUCGUUGAUUCAUUCAUUCAGAAAGAAUUCGCAAAUGUCAAUAACGUGUAAGGGAUGCUAUUUGCGAUAGCAAGCCACCGGAAGUAUUUGAUGAAAUGGAACCAACAUUCUCACGAAUUGCCUUAGAACGGUUAAAAGAAAGAAAGAACAGAAUUUUAAUUUAAAAUUACUUACUGUGUUAAUCACUGCGUCGUCUAAAAGUAAACCUCCUUUCUCCUUCUUCCUUUGCCCAUCUUCUAGAUGAAAAUUGCCUCAUCCGAAGCUUUUCACUCUUGUGAAUCGCCUCGUUACUACAUGGGAAUCUGAAUUGUAAAAUUCUAUUUGUACUUUUUCAAAUGCUUUGUUUAAUCCGUGCUUCAAAGACGAGCAAAAUGGAAUCUUUUGGGCAUGUAAAAGGGGCGUUGGUCUUCAAGGUCCUGACACUUAAAAUUCUGUUACGUCAAGGGAAGCUAAUUGGUCGGUAAUAUAUUGAGUAUGGACUAUAAUUCUUCUUAACGUGAAAAGAGAAAGUAUUUGGUAUCUAGAAAUCCAUUGAAAAUCAAGAGAAAAAUCCAUUAUUUAUCAGGUAUCGUGAUCCUACUGAGUAAAAGAAAUGACCCGUCGAUUUUUUUCGCAACGAGGUCACAUGUUUAGAAUCUAUGGUAUGACCGCAUCCGCCGAUCACUUGCAAGCAUUCCGGGAAACUUCAAACACCUCGGCUUGGGUGGCGUUCUAUUUCUGACGUUAUGUCCGUGCCAUUUUUUUGCCACACAAAGACCUUUUUACUGUGGUUAAUCAGAGAUUGUUUACAGUAGGAUUAGAGUAUUUAUUUAUUCUCCCUGUCGACCUAAUAACAGGUUUUUUGGCAUGAAUAAAUGAUUUUAAUCAUUUUUCCUGCUAUCUUACUAGUAGAUGUCUGCAUACUUUUGUUUAUCAGCGAUUUAUUAUUAAGUCGGUCGUUAAUUUUUUUGGCGGCAAAGUUUUGGCGGGAAUGUCGUGCGCGUUGUGACUGUGUGAAUGAUUUGGAAAGUUAAUUAUGUUGUUAAUUUUACUGAUGUCAGUUGUUUUUAGUGUCCUCAAACUUUUUUGCGCUCCACUUCCAAAGAGAAUCUUAACGAACUGCUCGUCGUGUUGUUUUGUUUUUGACUGUAAAGAGUGACUCUGUUUUCAAGUGUUGAACAGGUUUAGUUACUCUCAUUACACAUAGAUGCUUACAUCUCACACGCAAAUUUCCGAGUUUCCCUGAAAGCGUUUUCCGGGGUCCUGUGGGUUGGAAUGGAGAAUGUUUAUUGUAGCAUUUCUGGUAUUAAUUUCACUCAACAGAGAAGAAUCUUCCCGCCCCAGUCGCUGGAGGUAGUGUAUCCGUCCAAAGUCUGUUGAGGCAAAUUGAAGUCUUGAAAAGUGAUCUGCAGAGAAUGCAACAAAAAAUGGUAAAGCUCUUUUCGUAGAAAUUCUUUUAACAAGCACCUUAACUGGGUGGAGAGGAUGGCGGGGAAAGUAAAGCACAUAAGAUGUAAUUCAAACCCACAGAAUGCAACAGUGUUCUGUUUCUAGUAAAUACGAAUCGUGUGUGGCCUGGCGUCUGUCUGCAUACCGAUGAAAACUAAUCAAAAAGCCGAAAGGAGAGUUGUCAUUAACCUUGUUGUAAAUUGCAAGUAGCGUAACUAGUUCUUUACACUGGGUCUCUUGUAAACGGCGACUUUGAACACAGGCCGACCAGCCUUUUUUACGUGUGGUUCUCGUCGUUUACUUCUACCCCCGGUCGAAUGACUACAUUGCAAAAUAAGAAAAAAAUCUUCUUAAUUGAUUUCAUGAACGGCAACAGCUACACUCAUAAAGGUUGGUCUGCCUGUGGUUUGAAAUGUGGACUUGUAAAUGAGUCCUUCAGGCAUUCGUUCGUGGGUAUGCUAAGUUUUAAGUUAAAAACGUGACUACAAAUUCGAGCUCAUUAAAUACCGUGUCCAAAUCCACUGCCGGUGGAAACUACUUUCACGACUCAUCCUAGGAAGAUCGAAGGACCUUUGCUCGCUAGGUUGGUGGAAGCUGACAGCAAACGUCAGUAUAUUCUUAGGAUUUGCAACGCUUUUAUGAGCCAUCCGUCGGUUCAAUCUAAUACGAAAAAGUCGCAUUCUUAUAUGACAGCUUUCGGUACACUUGCAGUCUUCGCAUCUAAUGGCGCCACUUUGUUAGAAACAUCUUGUGUACCCUUUUUUAUAAAACUGUGAUAUUAUAAGUGCUAUUAUAGCUGUAAUAACUAAACUAUAAGAAAAAACCUUGUUUAUUAUAAUUUUUUUGACCCCCCCCCUUUGAGUUUUGUUGAUUUUUAUUUUGUAGGAUGAUGGAGAUAAAGCCGUGAAAAUUUUCUUUGCAAAGAAUGAAAACAAGGUUAGUUUCAUAUUUGGUUUAUCGUUAUCACUCUUGACCUCAGUGAAAAACAAACCAUUCUCGAAAUUUAAACUACGCUGGGAAAACGCAACUUCAGUACAAACUUCCACUUUGUUUAUAAAUAAACGGGAAUAUGACGGUUAACCAUGUAUAUGACCCUCUGGAAAUAUCAAGGCCCCCAGUAACAAUCAGUCGGCUCUGCUACACGCUUUGAAGUAAAGAACUGGUAGCAUUUCAAAUAGCUUUUGCCAAACUUGUUUUGGUUUAUCGUAAACGACCCUCUCCUUCUUGCCGGGUGUUGACGAUUUUUUGUUUUUAUAGAAACAAUUCGCUGUAAAUCAAACUGGUUCAGCUUCUAGUGUGUUUCAUUUCAGUUAGAUUAAGUUAAAUCUGAAUUCUCUUUACCUUUCUUGAACUUUUUUUUUAACAGAUGGAAUUUCUUCAGACGCAACUUUCUGCACAAAAUAGGACUGUCAACGAAACAGCAGGCAAGGUAAGCAUUCCAACGCAGAGGUGCGACUUGCAGUAGCGAUACAGUUGCAUAGAUUUAAAAAGGGGGCAGGGAUGUUGAAACUGCCUGCUUUUGCCAAAGAUGUUCGAUGAACAUCAAGGGUUCUCACUUGGAAGCAAUUUUGGUUCCUUUGCUAUUUUUUGUUAUCAAUGAAUGUAAUCUACAUUCUCCCUCUGAUUUUCCUGCAUUAUAUUUGUUUUAAGUGGCUUCAAAAUGGGUAAUUGAUUUUUGUUUAUAUUGUUACAGGUAGAAUUUCUUCAAGCGCAACUUUCUACACAACGUCUGAUUAUCAAUGAAACUGCACACAAGGUAAGCGGUCAUAGAUCGUUAUCAGCGAUAAGCGCCCAAAUGAUGAUGAAGCAGAAUAUUUAUACUAGUGUAAUAACGUGGCAAAGGCUUACUUUGCGAACCAAAUUGAACACAAUGAAUGAUUUUCCAGUAAUCGAAGAUUUAGUUAUGCGCACAGGAUUAUGGGAUCGCCAGGGGGCAAACAUUGCAAGUCGCUACAAAGAAAUGUAUGGUGUGGGGCUGUUUCUCCGUUUAAAACCAGUGUCUUUGGACAGGGAAUGCCGCAUUUUGCCGUGAUUUUAUGAGAAGCGGAGAUGACUAAUGUUAGUGCGUUGAUUGUAAGUUUUUGUGGGAUCAAUGCGAUGAAAUCUAUCGAUAAACACUCCUUCUUGUGAAAGGUCGACUGUGAAAUUUACUGAAUGGUCUCGAAAUAUAUAGUACUAACUUACCAGGUAUCAAUGAGCGGGGAAUGUGGACUCAUUUAUUAAGCCUUUCCAGUUGUAAGUACAUGUGCUGAUAUUUACAACGAGUGUAAUUACGUUCGGCUCGGCGGCGAUCACAACGCUGUGCCAGUUUGAGACAACGAUCGAAGGUAAGCUUAUGUAUUGUCGAAUUUGAUAUGUACAGUAUUAACUUUAAAAGCAAAAACAUCUUCCCCACAUUGGUAUAUUGAUUCCUUCCAGCCAAUAAAACACAAGCGAAAUGUUUUGUCGUGAUCCAGAGCACCAAUGAGUUCUAAUGCCUUUUCUGAUCAUUUUGAGGGAAGAUAUAGAAUCUCUGAAUUUCGCACAUCAACUUGGUAUUUAUUUACACACUCACUGCUAUUGUAUCGGAAAUCUUACUCGUUCGUACGAUUUCUGCCUCAUCUACCAAUGGUUAAAUACCAUGUACUUUCCAUGAAAUAUUUCGUAGAUGUUACUUUGUUUAUACCAAAGUAAAGGAGGAUUUUUUAUUUUCAUGGCCACGUCCUACGAUUGUUGAGCGUCAUAACCCGCACUGAGCUGAUCGCGGCCGAGCGUAGUUACACUCGUCAUAAAUAUCACCACAGGUAAUUAAAACUAAAAAGCUUAAAUGAGCCAAUCCCCCUACAUGUAUACCUAAAUUUGCACUAUAUAUUUCGAGACCUUUUCUUCAUGUGGAUCACUGUGUAAAUUCAGUAAACAUAAAUUUCACACUCAACCUCACGCAAGGAGCGUUUAUCGAUAGAAUUUAUCGCAUCAAUCACACAGAAACUUGAAAUUUCAACGGACUAACAUUAGUCACCUCCGUUUCUCAUAAAAUCACGGCAAAGUGCGGCAUUCUAUGUCCAAAGACACUGCUUUUAACGGAGAAACAACUCCACGCCAUACAAUUCUUUGUAGCAACUCGCAAUGUUUGCCCCCUGGCGAUCCCAAAACCCUGUGCGCAAAACAUGAGUAUCCGAUUACUGGAAAAUCAUUCAUUGACUUAUCCAAACUGAUUACGUAAUCACUUCUUUUUCAUUUCUAAUUGACAUAUCAGAUGGUGUCUGCUGUGAAUGGUGUGUGGGUAAACAUGUCCAGUGCCGACAAAACUAUGGAGAACAAGCUUGUCACUGGGCUCAAAGUGCUCAAAACAUCGAUAAAAUCCCUUAAUCAGAGCGAUGGCAAAUUAAUCUCAGAAGUGAAUGGGCUGACACGAAAUCAGAUGGAUACGAAACGAAUGAACAACAGACUGUGGAAGAAUAUAACACAGCUGGAAUCACGUGUCCAGGAACUAGGAAGAUCAAGCCGGAAUAUAAGUAGCAGAGUUUGGAAUCUGAAGCGAGGCUACACCCAGAUGAACACUUUAAUGAAAAGAAUUCAAGCAGUUAACGAUGCACAGAACUUAUCACAUACAUCACUGCAGACCGUGGUCAAACGCUUAAAUGGUUCCCUGAUAAACGUUAAUGCAACAUUGUACAAUAAGGUAAGUUUUUAUGGCUGAUACGCCUUGUAACAGACUAACAACGCGUUUAUUCAUUCUGUCAUUCAUAUUUUCUUUCUUUCGUUAUUACGUUGUCAUUUGUAAAUUGUUUAAAGAGAAAUAUAUUACCAAAGAAUCAAACCAUGAUGUUUCUCGGUAGACGUUUUUGUUUCAACACAACUGCAGUGAAAUAUUUAAAGGUGCGUCUGGCAGGGAAUAUGUACACUAAUUAAAUUUGAACAAAAUGGAAAUUUUAAACUUUUGAGUAUGGUUGGAGUGCUUUUUUUGCAAAUUAUUCUGUGGAGGUGCUUGAGGUUAUAACUUAAAGUUGCGUUUUUGGUAAUUUUCUUUUUUUUCUUUUUUGAUGCUGAAGACGUCUGUUUCCAGUGCCGGCAAUGCAGGAAUAGAUAUCAGCAAAUGUAAGCUCGAGAGAAAAACCGGAACACCAGGAUCGGCAGGAUCGACCGCUUUCUCUGAAGCAGAAUACACCGAACAGACGGUAAGUACACACCUGCAUUGGCUUUCUGUGAAAUUCAGGGACUAUUGUUUGCUUUAUGAUGAGAAUAAAUAGGGUCACCUUUCAUUGCCCUCGUAUUGUUUCAUGAUGUUUUGCUCCUCAACCUCUUUAAAAUAACACGGUGUAUUUUCAUGGAAGAAUUAAGAUUAGAUGUCUAAUCUAGAUCUCAUGAUUUCGUUACGACGAAAAAAGUGAGAAUUCAGAGAAUGGUUUUUAGACGAAAGACAUAGACACUCAGAAACUGAAUUAUUCACCAAGACAACGCCAGAUGGGAUUUCGUGGAAAGCGGAGAGAACACGGUUGAACUCUUGAUCACUUGCCAGAUUAUCUCCUCGACUGAUAGUUCAUUUAAUAUGCAAAAUAACCCUCUUUGGCCCACCAGCGGGGAGAAAAGGAUAAAAUAUGCGCCACGACUAAUUUAUUCCUGUCCAUUUUAAUUUUCUUCGUGCUUAAUUUAACGAACGAUUCUUCUUUUCGCUUCUCUCAGAAUAAACGCAUUAUGGGAAUGACAUGCACUACAGAUAAUGCAAGAGAAUACAAGCUGAUAUAUGAACGACAUAGUUCGUUGUACAAGUGUGAAUGUAGGGGCGUGUCGCCAUCUCAUGCUGGUGCAACAAAGAUAACAUGUUUCUUAUAUGUGUGGGAAUGUAUGAUAAGCUGA